CUAUAGCGGGCAAUAUGUCCGAUUAAUAAAAAAAAAAUGUCCGACAAAUACGUAAUUUCCAUAAAAUAAUUCCUUCAAUAAUUUGUUAUAUCAAAAAACAAUUUGUUUAACUUCAAAUUAAAAUUUCAAACAGUGUUAAGUGAAAUUUAUAAUAUAUUUUAGUUUAUAUAAACGUGAAAUUUACCAAUUUAAAAUUUCUCAUUCGGUCUCAACUUUUUUUUUUAAAAAAAAAAAAAAAAAAACUUUCUGUGUGCGCCAGUAAUGAAUGUAAAUAUAUAAGUUUUUUUUUUAUUUUACAUUUUACAAUUAUCUAUUAUGCCGCGAAAGUGUAUAAAUUUAUUCCAAUUUAGUCAGUUAUAAAGGAAGAUUAAUUAUAAUUCCUCUAUGAUGUCGGCAACACCAAAUAAAAUACGAGGUCCUGGUCGUCCGCCAAAAUUAAAGCCAUGUUGCACAUGGUGUGGUGAAACAAAACAGCCAUUAAAAUAUGUUUUACCAACACAACAUGGAAAUAAGGAAUUUUGUUCGCAAAUUUGCCUAUCUGAAUAUCGUAAAGGUUAUGUCUCUGAAAGAGGUGCUUGCGUUCAUUGUGAUAAUGUUAUUCGUGGUACACCAGUGAAAUUAAAUCCAGAUGGACCGUAUUUUUGUUCGAAUUUUUGCUGUAAUAAACAUCAAAAGAAAGAUGGACAAAUUGACACGAAAAAAAAUAAUAAUGAACAGAGAGCUACAGCAGCUUCUCCUGUACCAUCAACAAUAUUAGGUAACAAUAAUGCUACAACUACAAUAACAACAACAACAACAACAGCGACAGCAACAACGACGACGACAACAUCAACAACAAAUCAAUCCUAUAAAUCUGGAAUUAAUAUAACACAAUCACCAUCGACAUCAAGUGGGAAUUUUCAAUUUGAAACCUAUCAAACAUUUGAUUGGGAACAAUAUUUAAAGGAAACAAACAGUACAGCUGCGCCUGCAGAAUGUUUUAAACAACAUGAAAUACCACCGAUAAAUGAAUUUAAAAUGGGUAUGAAAUUGGAAGCACUCGAUCCACGUAAUUUAACAUCAACUUGUAUUGCAACUGUUGUCGGUGUAUUGGGACCAAGAUUACGUCUUCGAUUAGAUGGUUCUGAUAAUAAAAAUGAUUUUUGGCGUAUUGUUGAUAGUAAUGAAAUACAUCCAAUAGGACAUUGUGAAAAAUUAGGUGGUAUGCUACAACCACCAUUGGGAUUUCGUAUGAAUGCAUCAAGUUGGCCAACAUUUCUUUUAAAAACAUUAAAUGGCGCCGAAAUGGCACCGGCAAAAAUAUUUAAACGCGAACCAAGAACACCGCGUACAAAUAUGUUUAAAGUUGGUCAUAAACUUGAGGCAAUUGAUAAGAAAAAUCCACAAUUAAUAUGUACAGCAACUGUUGGCGCUGUUAAAGACGAUAGAAUUCAUAUAACAUUCGAUGGUUGGCGUGGUGCAUUUGAUUAUUGGUGUGAAUAUGAUUCAAGAGAUAUGUUCCCAGCUGGUUGGUGUUUUAAAAGUGGACAUCCAUUACAACCACCUAAACAAAAAUCCACUGGACAAAAUCGUUUUAAAUCCAGAACAAGUAACGUUCUUCCAGUGAUGGCAGUUUCUGGCAGUGGAUCAAGUGCAGAAUCUGCUGUUACUUUAAUUAGUCCAACAUCGUCGCGAGCACCACCACAAUUGGCAACAGAACCCGAUACAAGUAGUGCAAACAGUCGACUAUCAACAGAAAAUGUUACAUUAUACGUGAAUCAUACAUGUUCCUGUGGUCCAUAUUUUGAUCCACGUAAAGUAAAAGCAAUGCCAGGACAAUUUGGAACUGGUCCAAUUUCAAAUGUGGCGCGAGAAUUAUUUCAGGCAUUUUUAAUGGCCGCUUUAAAUCCACGACAAAUGUUAAAUCUUUUAAAACGUGGCGAAGGUGAAUUUAUAACAUUAACAUUGGAGAGUAAACCAACGACAGUGAGAAUUCCUGUUUUUGUUGAAAUUGAAGAUUUCUAUACAUAUAUUAGACGACAACUUGAAGAGCUUUGUGUAUGUGAAUAUUUAUUAUCAAAACGAAAGGAGAACUGUAAUAAAUGUAUAAUUAAUGCACAAGCAGUGAGAAAUAAUGAUGAAUCUAAUUCAUCAUUAGAAAAACGAAGAUGGUCUGCUGAUAAUCAACAAAAUUCAAUGAUUACAAUUUCAUCAACAGCGACAUCACAACAAAAACAGGAUCAUUCGCAAAUUAUUGGUAUUCCAACAACGCAGAGUGUAUCGUCAGUUACACCAUCGCCUCCAAAACAACCGAGAAAAUCUCUUCCUGAAUUUGAAGCAGCGACAUCGACAACACAAUCUGAGGUUCCAGUUGCGAAAUAUUCGUCAACAGAACCUUCUGAAUGGACAAUUGAAGAUGUUAUUCAAUUUAUUGCAGUUACAGAUGCUGCACUUGGACAACAUGCUGAUCUCUUUCGAAAGCAUGAAAUCGAUGGUAAAGCAUUGCUUUUAUUAAAUUCGGACAUGAUGAUGAAAUACAUGGGUCUAAAAUUGGGACCAGCUUUAAAAAUCUGCAAUCUCGUGAAUCGAAUUAAAGGCCGAAGACAUUUAAUACUGUGACUUAUUUAAAAAAAAAAAGAAAAAAAAAUGUCACAGCCGAAUUUACAAAAAAAGAAAAAACAUAUUUCUGCUCUUUAUUACACGCAGGUAUGUUGAGCAAAUUGUAUAUUUCUUUUCUGCUUCUUCAAAAAUAUAAAAUCUAAUUUCUUAUAUUACAUUUCAAAUUGUAAUAGAAAUUGAACAUGGUGGCCACUAAAAAACUAAAAAAAAAAAAUCUCCAUCACUUUUCUGUAAAAAAAAAAAAUAAUCAAUGUCUAGAAAUUGGUUUCCAAUUUCUAAUUAAAAUAAUUGAUUAAAUUUUUUUCUUUAAAAUCCAUAACUAUUUAUUAAUAAUUUAGAAAAUAGUGUUUUUAAUUAAAAUUUUAAUUAAAAUUUUAAUUAAAAAUUUAAUUAAAAAUUAGUAAAAUAUUUAAUUACAUGAUACGAUUUUCAAAACUAUAUUUUUUUCCUUAAAGAAAAUAUAAAAAAUUUUCAUCAAACUAAAUCGAUUUUUACUUUAGAAAAAAAAUUUUUAAAAGUCAUUUUUUUAUUAUUAAUUUUUAUGCUUGACACGCUUUUUCGAGUAUUUUUUCUCAAAUUGUAAUAUUAAAUAAUUUCCCUGUUUUUUUUCCUGAAAUGUGGCCACCAAUUGAACUAAUACAAAUAAAAAAAAAAAAAAAAUGUACGAGGAACAGAUUUUUUUUUUUUU